CUCUGCUUUCGCCAUCCUCCUUCCGCUGAAACAACGCCACCUGCCGUGGAGAAGACAGAUUUUGGAUCGCUCUCGCUUCACCGCUUCCGCUCUGCUCUUGGUCGCACCGGAUAUGUCGUUGUUCUUGACCUUCCCUUUCAAUUGGCCGUAAUCAGUCUGUCGUGUAGCUGCAAGCUACAUUCUUCUAAAAGUAGUAGAAAAAUGCAAUUAUCUCCGCUGUAAAUGGUAUUGCCAACGAGGUAUUUACCAAAGUGUACAUAUAAAGUCGUCUUUUUACGGGAACAAUGGUGAAGUACUUUGCCUGUGUGGGUCUUCUGAAAAGUUCCUGGGACCAAGUCUGUAUUGCUUUCUGGGAGCGAUACCCCAACCCCUACAGUAACCAUGUUCUAACGGAGGACAUCAUCUUCAGGGAUGUAACUCCCAGUAACCGUCUGGUCUCUAGGCGACUGCUGACCAAAACUAACCGCGCCCCUCGCUGGAUGGAGAAGUACCUGCCGGUUACCAUGGCCAGGCACGCCUACAUCAUCGAGGAUUCCAUCGUGGACCCCCAGAACAGAACCAUGACAACGCUGACUUGGAACAUCAGCCACGCACGAAUGAUGUCUGUGGAGGAGCGUUGUGAGUACAGAAUUAACCCUGACAACACCAGCUGGACGGAGAUUAACAGAGAGGCCUGGAUCUCGUCUAACCUCUACGGGCUCUCCAGAGCUAUACAGGAAUUCGGCCUCGCCCGGUUCAAGACCAGUGUUGCAAAGACCAUGAAAGGGUUUGAAUACGUCCUGGCCAAAAUGCAAGGUGAUACCCCCUCCAGGACCCUGACUGAGCAUGCUGCAGAGAGGGCCAGGGAGACGGCUCUGGUAGCUAAAGAGAAAGCCAAAGGCCUGGCCUCACAGGCUCACAAGAAACACCAGUAUGUCUGAGCUGCCAGUGUAGGGUGAAGUUUCCCUUAGACGCUGAUAUGGUUAGGAUUGGGGGCAGGGGAAGCUGAUCCUAAAUGUCUUCCUAGAAACUUUAUCCUGGAGCCUGAGGGAGGAUGUAGACAUUGGCCCCUGUCAGACCUGCCUGGAUUCAAAGACUAUACAAGAAUAAUUUCAACUACUUUAUCUGAGAUCGAUUUUAAGUAUGCCUGGAACCAAUAGAAUGCUGAAAACCCCUCGUCUGGCACUCCAGGCAGGCUCAAACAAUUACAAAAAAAAUAAUGUUGAAUAGUAUUUGAACCCAGAUCUGUUUGGCCCUAACUGCUGGACCAGAGUCAGAUCUUAUUUACCCCCCCUAAUGAUUACAUUUGGAGGUAGGGGAAUCUGAUCCCAGAUCUGUGAUUAAGGUUGCAAAAUUCCGGUAACUUCCAGAAAUACCAGUUGGAAGAACAAUAUAAUAUAUUAGUAUUAAUAUAUUAAUAAAAUAUAUUAAUAAUAUAUUAAUAUAUAUAGUAUAAUAAGGUAAUAAGCUAGAAAUCGGAAAUCCUCCAACCAAAAGAUUUCUGGAACGUUUCUGGGAAAUGUCUCGGUGUGACUGAGCUCAGGACCAUUACAGUUAAAAGCUUGAUUUGAUUCAAAUGUGGUCGGAGGCUUCGUACGGAGGGUGAGACGCAAUUACUGCUCCUCCGGAGGCGGAGUCUUAAUCAAACUCCGUAACGCCUCUUAAAUGUUGUAACAAUGCCGAGGGCUCCGCAUUGACCUGAUUGGUUGACGGUAAGGGGUGGGCGGUGUCGUCCUGUAUUUACACAAACUCACUGCCAUGACAACUUCCUUCACAGCAGUUCUGCGAAACGCAAAAAAAAAAGUGUGUUUUGCUCGGACUUCUGCAGAGGCUGCAACACGGCGUACGGGUCACUACAGAUGUCGUUUUGACCAUGCAGAGCUUUUUACACUUUGUCUUCUACCACAAAGUGUCUAGGGUCACAAUAGUCCUAGCUAGCGUCCUUGUCUCCUUUCCUUCAGGACAGGUAGGUGAAGGCACUGGGCUUGUUUCCAUUCUACUUCCUCCACGUGUCCGUGGUCUUAUCAGUUGGGGUGUAGAUGUUUAUCUCAAUGAGACAAAACCUGCAGAAAUGAAGGUUUACAUACCAGUAGCAGGAAGUGGCCGCGACGAGGCUAAACGCUAUGGAAGUGGUGUCUACAUCACAGAAUGUAAACUGACUGUAAUGGUUGGAGGUAUGCGACAGCAUUAGGGACAGGACGACGCCAGUCUCACCCAGCAGGUGCACGGCCGACGUUGGUCUUGGUCGGUCUUGUCCUCUUUUUAUCGGGAGCCUGGUUCGUGUCUCCAGAAAGGACUCGUGACUCUAGUUAGGUUUCCAUCUGGCUGUUUUCGUGACCAACUGAAGACUCUCAUCGUCUUAAAGUCUAACCACCACGAGGAUGUAGUUCCGCACAGUGAAGCAGGUCCUUAGAUGCUGAUAUUGGGUCAGUUUACCAUUCCCCCCCCCCCCCCCCCCACUAAUGUCUACGGUUAGGAUUGGGGGAGGGGGAAGCUGAUCCUAGACCUGGAGGCCUACCCACCAUUCCCUCCCAACUCAAAGGGUGUAUCCCAAUUGGCACCCUUAUUCCCUCCCUAUAUAGUGUACUACUUUUUACCAGAGCCCCAUAGACCCUGAUAUAAAGUAGUGUCCCAGAGCCCCAUAGACCCUGAUAUAAAAUAGUGUCCCAGAGCCCUAUAGACCCUGAUAUAAAGUAGUGUCCCAGAGUCAUAUAGACUCUGAUAUAAAGUAGUCCCCUAAAUAGGGAAUAGGGUGCCAUUUUGGAACUGCACCAUAUAGACCCUGAUUAUAAAGUAGUGUCCCAGAGUCAUAUAGACUCUGAUAUAAAGUAGUGCCCUAAAUAGAGAAUAGGGUGCCAUUUUGGGACUGACCCUCAGUGCUCUCUUCUCUUCAGCUCUUUAACGUCUUGUGCUCUUCUGUCUUCUCUGUCACAAGAAGCAUUUCUCCUGUCUGUUGUAAUUCAUUUACCUUCAUAUAAUUGUGUUUCUCACACUGUAGAUGAGACUGACUACAUAUCUUCAUUUACAUUUGUGUUUUAGCCUUACAAUUUUAAAUAUUUAUGUUUUUCAUUUCAAAAUCCAAUCUUUUGUUUCUGCUAGCUAGACUGCUCCAAAAAAGCACAUGGCAAAAGAAAUCUCUUGAUUCAUCUCUCUUCGCUGAUUAUAUUCAUUUAUUUUUAGUUAUGGCGUUUUCAUUUCAUUGCUUCAAAUUUAAGUGUGAUGAGGGGGUUGCUUGAAAGUGAACCUCGCUCUUGACAUUGUGAACAGACAGGAUUGCUGUCGACAUCGAGGUCUGUAUGAGGCAUGCUUGAAGAAAUUAGCUCCAGAAAGUGAGUCAAAUUGCUGAAGUUGUAAAUGACACUUAAAAACAUCCUGGGUGUGACAGUUUUUUAAUUUAUUUUUUCAACCUCCCGCUUUGGGCUGGAUGUGUCUAGUUUCAUCAAUAAUGCUCGAGGGGUUGUUGGCACGUGGCCAAUAUACCACAGCUAAGGGCUGUUCCUAAGCCAUAUAUCACAUAUCCAGAGGUGCCUUAUUGCUAUUAGAAACCGGUUACCAACGUAAUUAGAGCAGUAAAAAUUUACAUCAUGUUUUGUCAUAUCCAUGCUAUACGGUCUGAUAUACCACGGCUGUCAGCCAAUCCUCAUUCAGGGCUCGACCCACUCAGUUUAUAAACAUGCAGAAUUACUGUCUUACCUCAAUUAGCCAUGAAAUCCCUAGUUUCUAACCCUUUCCCGCCACAUGGGCCAGCAGUUAGUUUGUAGUCCGCGGGCUUCAGACCCUUUUUGACAUUUUGAGUGACAGCUAGCAAGAUGCUAACGCAGCAGAGAGAGGAGCGAUGAUGUGGUGCACAUGCGUGAUGUAGUACACAAUAUUCGGGGACCACUUUUGGCUUGUGAGCGCUCCUAUCAGAACCACUGGCUGAAAGGUAAACAAAGUACUGUUUAAUAAUUAUUUUUAUUUUUUUAAUGAAUGCAUACAAAUGAUGAAUGUGCUAUGUUUGAGCAACAGUAUCGGCUUAUUGAUGAAUACCAAUAAAAUAUUUUAUGUUACAUGGA